ACCCGCAUUUCAGUCAGUCAGUUCAGUUACCAACAGACUACGCGACUGUUUGCAUCGAGUGCUUUGGAGGAAAAAGUGAGUGCGCGUCAAGGAGUAGAAAGGAAGUAAGAAAAGAAAACGAAAAGGAAGAAGAGAGAAAGGGAAGUUGAACGUAAAUAAAAAAAAGGACUAACACCACUCACUGAACGGGGAUAAAACGAGACGAAGGAACGAAAGAGUCAUGUCGCGAAAGCAUUGCCUCUGAACAAAGGAACUUAACCUUUUCUUCGUCCUUCGUCGUCGUCGUUUCGUUUCGAAUCUGAACUUGUUCAGACACGUUUCGACGAGACUGAGAACCAUUUGAAAAAUUGAACAAAGAGGUUCUGACUCUAAACAAAAAAUACGAGAGACCCUGGAACUGAAAAAAAAUCCCUCAGGACGAGAAUCCCGACUCGAAAAUCCUGUUCAACCGUCCCUGCCGGUUUCCUUUGUUCGGGUCCACCGUUCGACGCACUUCAUUUUCGCGAGUGACAUUUCAAAUUCGAGAGGUUAUUUUCUUCUGUGAAAGUAGAAUUUAGACCUCGUGGUAUAAAAUUGAGUGAAAUUCAGUGUCUUUGGAGAUUUUGGAGUGGAUAUUUAGUUAAAAGGCCGGAUAAUCGGCGCGAAACUGGCGCUGCCGGCGACCUAACCUCACUCGAGAGCCCGCGUUCAGAUCGGAUUCGUUUCGUGUUCGGACAAGACCUAACGAAGGGAAAGAAAGGAAUUUUCAGAAGUGGAUAGCAGAGCUCUGAAUUUCUUUCAGUUAUCAAGAGGAAAAAUAGAGAGUGAACUUCACGGACGAGUUUUUGCAGCUUCCUUCGGAUUUUUAUCGCGAUUCACUUCCGGUGUGAUAUGUGCCACGAGACCCAGGAAGGAGAGUAAUUCCAAGGAGAAUUUUGUUGAUUGUGCAGUGCAAGCUUUUCAUCAACCAAGGAUUAUCCUCGUUAUAUACGGUGAGUUUACCGGAAUUACGAGCAUAAAUUGGUACCAACUCGGAGUUAUCCUUUUGGAUUUUGCACUUCUACCUUCACACAAGGGGUGCGAAACGUCAGGCAGGAUUUAAGGGAUGCCGGUUGACUGAAGAUGGCCUCUCCGACACCAUCACUGGAAUCGCGCGCGAAUUCCCUCGGCUCCCUGGCCUCGCUGUCUCCGCUAACGGUUAGCGGCAGUUCUCCACCAGCAAGCGACUCGGCGAUCUGCGACGUUGACAGCUGUGAUCUCUGUUUGGAUAGUGCAAAGCCCGGUGACGCACCCUGCCCACGCUGCCGAUUGGGAGGCGGUGGCGGCAACGGAGUUCGUUGCACCGGCUGCAAGUCCACCGAAUCUGACGCCGUAGCAAGGUGCUUCGACUGCGCCAAUUUCCUUUGUCCCAAUUGCGUGAUGGCUCACCAGUUUAUGCACUGUUUCGAGGGCCACCGAGUUCUAAAUCUCGGCGACUCGAAACUCGAAUCCAACUCGGUCAAUGACCCCAAGAAUAAUUUGGUCAUCAACGGUGGCAGCAAUGGCGAGAAGAUUCUCUUCUGUCAAGAUCACAAGACCGAACUCCUCAAGUACUUCUGCAGAGCCUGCACCGUUCCAGUUUGCAAGGAGUGCACCAUUUCCAAUCAUCCCAGUCCGCUUCACGAUUGUGCCCACAUCUCGGAAGUCGGACCACAACAACUUGCAGCCGUGUCGCGCGUCGUUCAAGAAUGCAAAGCGAAAGCUGCCGAUGUUAGAACGGCAGUGAAGGCGGCUGAACAUGGCGCGUCACGAUUGCAGGUGCAGUAUCACAAGGCUCAGAAUGAGAUCAACGACACAUUCCAAUUUUACAGAUCCAUGCUGGAGGAACGCAAGCAAGAAUUGCUCAAGGAGCUGGAAUCAGUGUUCUCCGCGAAACAGAUCUCUCUCGGUGUGGUGACGCAAAAGGCGAACGAAAUGGCCGACAAAAUCCAACAGACCUGCGAAUUCGUCGAAAGACUGACCAAGUACACAACAGUUGCCGAGGUGCUUAUGGUGAAGAAGCUUUUGGACUCGAAACUCCAACUUCUGUUGAGCUACACGCCAGACAUUGCAAGUCACAAUGCUGAUCUCGAGUUUGUCAGCAACUAUCAAGCAAUCCAAGUUGGUGUGAGAAAUACGUUUGGAUAUGUGCGAAGCAGCAGCGAGAGUAACGCCGGGCCCAGCAAGCAACCACCAAUUGCCAGACCCACAGCGCUCUCCAACGGAAGCAGCAAUGCAAGCAGUGGACCUGGAAGUGCAGGAUCCUUGGGCGGACUUUUGUUGGACCGACCUUACAGCAAUGGUCUCGUCUCAAGUCAGAAUUGCGUCUCGAAUUCGCCAUCGCCCUUCGAGAAUAACAGCGUCAUCUCCAAGAGGUUCAGCUCGGCCAACAGUCUUGGUCCAUUCUCCACAUCCAUCAGCGACAUCAACAUCAAUGGCAUGAAUCCUUAUGAGAAGUGGAGCAACGGUGGCAAUGACGCCUAUUCAGUUUCCGUCACGGCAAACGAUCAUUUCCCUCUGCCCACAGUAGCCACUGUAACAGCGGCUCCUGGUGACUCCGUCCUCGAUCUUACAUCGAAGCUCAUGUCCUCUGCGGCCAUAUUCCCGCCAAAGUCACAAAUCAAGCGACAGAAGAUGAUUUAUCAUUGCAAGUUUGGCGAGUUUGGCGUCAUGGAGGGACAGUUUACCGAACCGUCGGGAGUGGCUGUCAACGCACAAAAUGACAUCAUCGUCGCUGAUACAAAUAAUCAUCGAAUUCAAAUCUUUGACAAGGAAGGCAGAUUCAAGUUCCAGUUUGGAGAGUGCGGUAAACGAGACGGCCAACUGCUCUAUCCGAAUAGAGUCGCUGUUGUUCGCACAUCGGGUGAUAUCAUUGUCACUGAACGAUCGCCAACACACCAAAUACAGAUCUACAAUCAGUACGGGCAAUUUGUCCGAAAAUUCGGAGCAAAUAUCCUCCAGCAUCCGCGUGGCGUUACUGUCGACUCGAAAGGCCGCAUAGUUGUCGUCGAGUGCAAAGUUAUGAGAGUUAUCAUAUUCGAUCAGGGCGGCAAUGUGCUUCAGAAAUUCGGCUGCUCGAAGCAUCUCGAGUUCCCGAAUGGUGUCGUUGUCAAUGACAAGCAGGAAAUCUUUAUAAGCGACAACAGAGCCCACUGUGUCAAAGUUUUCAAUUACGAGGGCGCUUACCUCCGACAAAUUGGCGGAGAGGGUAUCACCAAUUAUCCUAUUGGCGUUGGCAUCAACGCAGCUGGCGAGAUUCUGAUUGCGGACAAUCACAACAACUUCAAUCUGACCAUCUUCACCCAGGACGGUCAGCUCGUCUCGGCUCUUGAGAGCAAAGUGAAGCACGCCCAGUGCUUCGAUGUGGCGCUGAUGGACGACGGAUCUGUUGUCCUUGCAAGCAAGGACUACCGACUCUACAUCUACCGCUACGUCCAGGUUCCGCCAAUUGGCAUGUAGACCAACGAGUGAAGAUUACGUUCCGCAUCCAGUGGACCUUUUUUUACUUGCCCAUCUACCUAUCCGCCUAAACGCCUACCUUGACUCUUGUACACCCAAUUCUACCUACGUCGUCUUGCCUGUCUGUCUUGCUAUGAUAGAGUCGAGUGCUGCUCUUGAAUGAAGAGUUGAUAAGGCGCUUUCAAUAGACUAAGGCGCAAUGAUAGAGAGCGCCCACUAGCGUUCUCAAGCCGACCUAAUAGGCACGCAUACGCGAGGAAAUGACGCGUGUACUUGAUGAUAAUAAUAAGCCAUCACGUAAUUAUUAACUGACCUACGUACACACGCGCGAAACUUACUUGUUAAUGUUGUUAUAACUGAAAAUACUGUUGUUGUUGUUUAGUUGUAGAGCUCGCCGCCGCUAGUCACUUUUCCCCCCACUUCUCCGUUCUUUCCUGACCUUCCCGAAGUUUCCGUUUCCGAUCACACACACACCAUCGUCGUCGUCGUCGUCAUCGGCUUCUCUUAUCCGCUCGCUAUCCAGGCGAGUAGUCGACCAUUUGCAACUUUGACACGAUUUCCACUGCGACAACUUGAUUAGAAAUCGCUCGCCACAAGACAAUUAUUAUUGAUAUCGAUUAUUAUAAUUAGCGCAUUUGCACGAUUUUCCCGCGAAUAUCCCGUUGUUCAUUUCUCUAUUACAUGACGAUACAACGUUACGCCGUUUAGGUUUAGUGAUAAGAAACGAACGUCCGUGUGAAGGUAAGCUAGUUUUUAGAAUCAAGACGCGACGCGAAGGAUAUUCGUUUCGUAUCUAGAGUUUCCGAGACUCUUAUUGAAAAUUCUAGUUUCGUACCCAGACUUUCCAAGGCUCUUAUAAAAAAUUCUAGGAUAUGAAACUACUUCGAAAACUUUAGAGUUUACAAGGGUCUUAGGCUCUAAGAUUCUAAGGCUCUUAUUGCAAACCCCAGCUUUUCAAAUAAAAGGCCUUGUAAACUCUAGGUACGGAAAUACUUGGCAAACCCUAGAGUUUUCAAGACCCUCAUUACAAACCUGAAAAUUUGUAAUAACAUCCUUGGAGACUCUAGGUACGGAAAUAUUUCUCAAACCCUAGAGUUUCCAAGACUCUUAUUGCAAAACUUAGAGUUUUUUUUAAAUAAGAGACCUUGGAGACUCUAGGUACGGAAAUACUUUACAAAUCCUAGAGUUUCCAAGGCUCUCAUCACAAACCCUAAAGUAUCCAAGUGUUUGUAAAGCAAUUUCGUACCUAGAGUCUCCAAGACUCAUAUUACAAAUCCUAGGAUACGAAACGAUAUUCGUGCGGCACAUUUACGGUGAAAAGCGUGACGUGAACCCGAAUUGAGACUCAUUUGCCUCUCUUGUUUUUUUUUUAUAUAUGUAUAUAACCACUUCCGUUGUUUCACGACAAGUUUCGUGUCACGCUUCUCACUUAUAUCGGUGUGCUUAGGCCCCAGGGUACUUUAAGGACAACACGCAGAAGCGAGGAGGCAUCAGGGCGCUUCCGAGAAGAGCCCUUUUCUCAUGAGCUUCGCUCUCCUUUUUUCCAGCGCUCUCGCUUCUCAUAAAAAAAAAAUAAGACGUGUAUCGAUCCGAUCGAAACACAAGGACCCCUUUAAGAUUAGUUCAGUUGACGUGAUCUUCGCGAAUGAGGGAAGACUUUUGUUUGAAAGGGGGAAAUGGCAGAGGAAAAGGGCAAGGGUGGACCAAAAGGUGUUUUGAGUCAAUGUUGAUGUGUGAGAGUUAAGCGCAGAUAAGGUCGAAACGCAAGUUUGACAAUACGGUAUUUUUAUUAAUUAACAAAGGCGCCUCUGGAAAUUAUUCCAGGGAAGUGAUAUUUUCCUAUGGAAAACCGGAAGCGCCCUGAGCGAGGCUCGUUCGAAGACAGUAUUACGCGCAUUUUCCCUGUAUGAUAGAUAACCUCCUUUUCCUCGACACUUAGUUUAAUCGUUUUUGACGACGCGAACAAAUGGACGGAUGAAGUACGCCAAAUCCUCCAAGUAUCCUCUUCCUUCCCGUUAUGUUUUUUCUCUUCUUUACCAUUUUUUUUCUUUUUUUUUGUGUCUUCUUAUUUUCGUAGUAUCGUAGCAUGUAGCAAGUAUUGCAGUGAAGUAUAUCGCGUAAGAAUGUUUCUCUGUCUCUUUUUUUGCCUGUUAUUAUUAUUAUGUUUUUUUGGUUUGUUUUCUCACGCCCUUUACGUACACACAUCGCUCUCGAAUUAUCUCAAGGACGACCAAGUAAGGUAUCAACGACCAUGCUCGCGUUUCCCUAUCGAGCCUAGAGUAGUAAUAUAUUUUGUUGGAUGGGUCGUGAACCGGAUUUCGAUUGACCGAGUACCGACUUCAUGCGUGUUUACUAUUUACAUUAUUAUUAUUAUUAUUAUUAUUAUUAUUAUUAAUAUUAUUAUUGUAUUAUGAUUAUUAUUAUAUUAUUAUUAUUAUUAUUGUAUUGUCCCUAUCUUUUAUCAACUCGAGUGCGUUAUUAAGGCGCGAGUGUUACUGCUGAUUCUUCGCGAUCAAACCAAACGACUUUCCAUUAUACACGUAGCGUUAAAACUCGGCUGGCAUGCGACUUUUUCGAGUUCUAGGUUUUCUCAAUAGAUUCUCGGGGGACGUGACUAUGACGACUGGGCCACGGCCCGACAUAACUAUAUAUAAUUCCUCCUGCGGAACAUCCAGAAACGUAGUAAAUUAGAAUCAAAGACUUGGAGGUUCUGGGAUCUCAUACAUUUUUUACUUUAGACCCUCGAAGACACGUUUUAUUACAAAAUUUACUUUACAAACUCUAGGUACGGAAGUACUUUACAAAUUCUAGGGUUUCCAAGGCUCUUAUUACAAACCCGAAGGAUUUUGUGAUAAGAGUCUUGGAGACUCUAGGUGCGGAAAUAUUUUAGAAACCCUAAAGUUUCCAAGUGUUUGUAAAGCACUUUCGUACCUAGAGUUUCGAAGGAUCUUAUUAAAAAUCCCAGGAUACGAGACUACUUUACAAACCACAGAGUUCCCAAAGCUCUUAUUGCAAGCCCUAGAGUUCCCAAGUGUUUGCAACAAGAGCCUUGGAGACUCUAGAUACGGAAAUACUUUACAAACUCUAGAGUUUUCCUUAGAAACUCUAGGGUUUGUAAAGUAUUUCCGUACCUAGAGUUUCCAAGGUUUAUAAGUACGGUUUGUGAGGUCAGAGAUUCCAAGGUUUGUGAUUAGAUGCCUUGGAAACUCUAAGUACGAAAAUACUUUACAAUCCCUAAAGUUUCUAAAGUAUUUCCGUACCUAGAGCUUCCAAGGUUUGUGAGUAAGGUUUUCAAAAUUAUUUAAGGUUUGUAAUUAAAGGCUUUGGAAACUCUAGAUACGAAACUACUUUACAUACCCUAGAGUUUCCAAUUCUCUCGGUCAAAAGAUUACCUUCUGUUAUUCACAGGAUGUCUUUUUGACACAGUAUCCAUAAAACGUGUUUUUGAAGUAAUUCGAGACGGAAAAGGUCAUUUGUGGAUCUCAACAAUGGAUGUUCAGCGCCUCUUUCUGAGUGUACUUAUUCAUUAAUUCUCUACCCCGGAGAAUCUGCCAAAUAUGAUCGAUCGAUCGGUCGCAUUUUUAAAAAAACUUUCACGUCCUUAAGCGUAAAGUCGCGAUUGUGUAAAAUGAAGGGUUUAACGUUGAACUGAAUUUAACUUAACUAUGUAAAGAGAUAUCGCUAGAAUAUUGUCAAGACUAAUAUUGAUUAUCGGCGAAGAAAUUUUCCGCCCAAGAGGGCGAAAGGGAAGUAAAUUUUCGGAGAUGUGGAGACGCGUCAGACGCAGAGUUAGGUUGUUUUUUGUACGUAGUUUGUAGGAUUAUCACGCGAGGUCGUCACGAGCCAACUUUUGCACCCUCGACACGUUUUUUCCCCCUCUUCUCUUUCGACAGAUUUUUUUUUUGCGGGAUAGGCUAUCCUUUUUAGAAAACAGACGGAGCGGAGUGCAAUGUGUCCAGCCUCGCGUCGACCUCGCCGACUCGCGCGUCUUCACAUCCCCGCGAAAUUAUAUAUAUAUAUAAAAUAAAAAUAAACAAAUGUGUGGAUUAAGUUCGACGGUCGAUCGAUCAACGGACUUGUAUACUUGCCAGCGAACUAGACACAUUUCGCGACGCAUGAACUUCCCUACUUCAGCACGAUAUCAUAAAGAAAACGCGAAACAUGCGACAUUCUCUCUCUCUCUCUUUUGUAC